GCACCAGCGUGAAAAUCGGUGUCGCCCAAAACAUAUGGCGUGGCCGCUCUCAGGUUUCUCUCUGGUCUAAGUAAAAUAGUAAGAAGAAGAAUACUCUUAACAAAUUAAAAGUACAUCCCAUCAAAUUGUCGCCGUUACUGUGUUAGAGAAAUUUAUACGGAUAUUAUUACUAAUUUUAAUUAUGAACUCAAAUACAAUUCACAAGCCUGCAGUUCCAUCUGUACAGGAAUUCAGUAUCAAAGUACCAAAAAAUAGCAAGAAGAAACACAAUGUCAUGAGAUUCAAUGCAACAUUAGAUGUAGAUUUCUCCAAAUGGAAACAGGUAAAGAUGGAGCGAGAGAACAAUAUGAAGGAAUAUAAGGGUAUCGAAGAGGAAAUACCCAAGUUUGGUGCUGGAUCUGAAUUUGGACGUGAUGCCAGAGAAGAAGCUAGAAGGAAAAAAUUUGGUAUUACUAGUCGAAAAUAUAAGCCAGAAGAUCAGCCAUGGAUUUUAAAAGCAGGAGGAAAAAGUGGGAAAAAAUUCAAAGGUAUAAGAGAAGGUGGAAUUAGUGAAAAUGCAGCAUAUUAUGUUUUUACACAUGCUACUGAUGGUGCUAUAGAAGCCUUCCCUUUACAUGAAUGGUAUAACUUUCAGCCAAUCCAGAGAUAUAAGGCACUCAGUGCCGAAGAGGCCGAGCAGGAGUUCAGUCGUAGGAACAAAGUGAUGAAUUAUUUCUCACUGAUGUUACGCAAGCGGUUAAGGAAUGAUGAGGAUGGCGGAGACGACGAGGAAUUAGUAGAAAGUGGUAAAGGCAAAAGACCGAGUAAGAAAGAAAAGGAACUGAAAAUAUCAGAAAUGGACGAUUGGAUGGAUAGCGACGACGAUGAGUCUGGCAGUGAUGAAGAGGAAAAUAAGAAGGGGUCUGAUGAUGAGGAUGAUGCAAAAAAAAAGAAGAAAGGCAAAGGUAAAGUACUUCAAAAGAAGAAAAAAAAGAAAAAUGCUUCAGAUGAUGAAGCAUUUGAAGAAAGUGAUGAUGGCGAUGAAGAGGGACGAGAGUGCGACUAUAUUUCUGAUUCUUCCGAUCCUGAAUCGGAGUUGGAACAACAAAAAGAGAUUAAGUCCGUCGCGGAAGAGGACGCUUUGAGGAAAUUACUUGCAUCUGAUGAAGAGGAAGAUGAUGAGGAUCAAACAGAAAAGAAAGAGGGUGAAGAAGAUAAAGACGAUGAUGAGGAAGGAAAAGAGAAGGACGAUAAGGAUAAGGACAAACCUGGUAAAGAAUCUGAUAAAAAGAAAGAUAAGAAAAAAAAGAAGAAGGUUAAGAAAAAGGAUCAGAAAAAAUCGUCAUCGGGAAAAGACUCCUCUAGCGAUUUCUCCAGUGAUUCAGAAUCAGAUUCCGAUACUACGUUGAAAGAAAAAGACAAUAAAAAGCCUAAUAGCGCCCAUAGUUCGAGAUCCGCAACGCCGACACCAGGCACGUCUGGAGUGGUUGAUCCUCUUAAGAGAAAACAAACCGGAUCGCCGGAUCUGUCGCAAGCAAAGAAACUAAAGUUAGAUAAUUUCAACUUGGUUCCUACGUCGUACAUACCGGGAGCAAGCGAAUCUGGCAUCACGGAAGAUGCGGUGCGACGAUAUUUGAUGCGCAAACCUAUGACGACAACCGAGUUAUUGCAGAAAUUCAAAUCUAAGAAGACUGGUCUUACGUCCGAGCAACUCGUCAAUAUCAUGACUCAGAUAUUGAAGAAGAUCAAUCCAACCAAGCAAACUAUCAAGAAUAAGAUGUAUUUAUCAAUCAAAGCACAAUCCAACUAGCAACUUCUAUGAGUGAUCUUUGAAGAUCAUUUCAUUGGGUUGAUCUAAUAGAGAUGCUCAAAUAAUAGAAAGAAAUGUUAAAUAUGUGCAUAUGUACAUUUCGAAAGUCAUAUAUAAUUAUAUAUGACUACAUAUUUAUAAUUGCUUGAAUUGUGUGCUAGAUAAUACAUGUGUUAUAAAAGCUGUUUCUUGUAAUAAUGAUAAGAGGUAUUUAAUUAUAAUUUUAUUAAAUAUUUCGCUACAUUAUA